GUAUAAAAUGGGGGGAGAAUCUGGUGUUCUGCCUCAACCAACUUUUCCCUCAGCAUUUCUGCUACUCUUCUACAGAGCUUCUUCACCACCACCUCCACAGCCCAUCAUCAACAUGGCCCUCUGGCUCCAAACUGCAUCUCUGCUGGUGCUGCUGGCCCUCUACCCUGGGGCAGACGCUGCAGCUGCCCAACACCUGUGUGGCUCUCAUCUGGUGGAUGCCCUCUAUCUGGUGUGUGGAGAGAAAGGAUUCUUUUACAACCCAAAGAGAGAUGUGGAUCCCCUAACAGGGUUUCUCUUUCCAAAAUCGUCCCAGGAGAACGAAGUUGCCGAGUACCCGUUCAAAGACCAGAUGGACAUGAUAGUAAAGAGAGGUAUUGUAGAGCAGUGCUGUCACAAGCCUUGCAACAUCUUCGACCUGCAGAACUACUGCAACUGAGGCCUGUCUCACCGCUAAGCCUGCUCCUCUCUUCUCUCUGCCACUCUCCAAUGUGCAGAGGCAUCAUCCCCGUCAUCAUCCCCGUCUCAAAGAAAAGCUUCAAGUGCAGACAAGAAAUGGCAUAGACAUGUUUUAUUUUUCCUAGAAAAUAAAGUUCUAUGAAAUGA